AUGUCCCCGCCAAGUAGCUGCAAUGCGUUGCCCUACUCCACAGAAACCAGACUGAACUGCAUUAUUUGCACGGCGGCGGCGGUAUCCUCUUUAUUAGCUGGUGUAGUUUUUUCUGUGAAUUACUUUGGCUUCUUUUAUUCUAGCGCGCUUCGAAGUGUGUUCAAUGACGUGUUUGCCGUGGUAGUCAUAGUGCAGAUGCUUCAGGCGCUGCAACUCUUCAUUUUCGCCUUCAUCACAGUCUUGAGGGGGGAAGGCAUUCUGGAGUUGGGCAACUGUUCCCAAUCGGGCAUGACGUACGCCAUGUGCAACAUCAACGCAUCACUCUUUCAGUAUCUGGAUGCGAUGGGGCAGUUGCUGCAGACAAUCUUUUUUUUUGUCCUUGCUAACAGUCGUCGCCUUACCUCACUGGAACAACUCGACAACAGUGAUGACGAACGGAUUGUCCGUACGGGGGAAAUUGCAAACGAUAGAAAUGCCCACACGUCGUGGGAACACGGGUAUAGUAGUAGCGCAGGGAGCUCCACGUCAGCCUUGACGCAACACUCGCACAACGUCAGUGAUGAUCGUCAGAAACGGCGACGUCGGUCUUCUAAUCAAAGGGGAGAGGGCAGUUGCGGAAUUUUUUUUCUGUUUUGUUCCUGUUGGGGGUAUAUUUUACCCUGUUGUGAUGACCGCCUCUCUAAUAACGACAGAACUACUGCUACCACGAGUGGUGCAGUUGCUGCAAAUGGUAAUGGACCACCUCGGUCCUUUUCCAGGUUUCAGUCGCCAUUGUUGCCACGCGACGAUGUUGAAAAUGAGGAAACGAUAACAAGGGCUGAGCGCCAUACUUUACUACGGGUCACAUGGAAAGCUUACCUUGCUGCCUUCUUGUUUGCUUCGAUUUCCCUGUUGUUGUGUUGGAUAUUGCUUGUAUAUGUGCCAGACAUUGUGUUGUUGCCACGUGAUAACGAUGGGAGCCUUGAAAAGUCACGAACAAUAGAGAACACAGUUUUCUUCUCAGAGGAAUUUGCAUGGUGUUGGAUUCCUGGUAGCAGUGACCUUUCUCCCUCCUCAUCGUCGUUGCAAAGAAAGAUUUUAUUGCUGGUACAACUGGCUGUAGGAUACGCCUGGCUGUUGCUUUUCAUUUUUAGUGCAUUUUAUUCAUACACGGUUUUGCGGCGUUCUUCUCCAUCCUUGCUGCGCGAUAACCCGAUUGUAAUAUGCCGCAUUGUUAUUUUCUGCGCCUAUCCGACUCUAGUAUGUAUUAUUAGUGCCUUGGAGCGCUUUGUUGUUACUUCUUCAUCUUCUCAUGCUGCUUCCGUCGCACGUGUUUAUCUAUCGGCCACAGUGUCUUUCAUGUAUCCAUUUUCUGCCGCGGUAAACGUUUUACUUUUUUUGUACACGGAGGAAGUGAUGGGUUGGAUGGCUGCCGCGUUUUGUAAGCGUUGCUGCCGCUGCAUCUACGGGGUUCAGCAUUUAGGUGGUCAGAGGCCGCGCAUUGACUUUGGAAGUAGCAGCGAUUUCCGCGAUCAAAUCUUCCCUGAGAGGGUUGAAGGCAACAGCGUGAUAACAACGGGAUUCUGUGCUGUAGUAAAGGCCAUUGCAUGUUCUACCGUUACUGGGCUUCCUCCUGGAGGAGCGCCGUACACGUCCACUUCCUCAAAUGAUGUUUUUACUCAAGGAAACCGCACUUCUAUACGUGUUCCCACAGCCGGUAGUGAAUCUCUACCCGAGCAUAGGGUGACACAUGCAGUGCAUCGUAAUGCGGGCGCUUCCAUGUAUGUUCCUCCAUCCAACGAGCCUGCCGGUGGUUCGGUCUGA